GGCCGCCGCAGCUCAGCUCAGCCAGCAGCGGCGGCGGAGCAGCCCAGCGGCAGCCCCAGCAGCGGCCCAGACCCGGCUUGGCUCGGCCCGCCCCGCCUGCCCGCGCAGCUCAGCCGGCCCGGGGCGGCGUCGGGGGCGCGCGCGAUGGCGUUGAGGCGGCAGGAACAGGCGCUGUCGGAGGAGAAGGGCGCCGUGGAGGCGGAGGAGCCGGCCGAGGAGGAGGAGGAGGGCGGCAGCGGCCGGAGAGCCUCGGGGGCCCGCGAGAGGCGAGCGGGGCCCGCGGCUGCGCCCGACUUCACGCCCCCCGACGGCGGCUUCGGCUGGGUGGUGGUGCUGGCCGCCACCUGGUGCCACGGCUCCAUCUUCGGCAUCCACAACUCCUUCGGGAUGCUCUACAUCCUGCUGCUUGAGGAGGCCGGCGGCGUCGAGAAGGACCACACGCUGGAGUUACGCACCUCCUUGGUUGGAUCCAUCGGCAUGGGGAUGGUCUUCUUUUGCUCUCCCAUUGUCAGCAUCUUCACCGAUCGGAUCGGAUGCCGGACCACUGCUGCCUCGGGAGCCGCCAUAGCUUUCAUUGGCCUCCUCUCCAGUUCCUUCACCAAGUCCCUGGAGGUCCGCUACUUCACCUACGGAAUCCUCUUUGGUUGUGGCAGCUCCUUCGCCUUCCACCCAUCCCUGGUCAUUCUGGGCCACUACUUCAAGCGACGCCUCGGUCUGGCCAACGGACUGGUGACGACCGGCAGCUGCCUUUUCUCCAUGGGUCUCCCAUUCCUCCUGAAUAUUGUGGGGAAGGCCCUUGGCCUCCCUCGCACCUUCCAGAUGCUGAGCGCCUUCCUGCUGGUCCAGAUCUUCUUGUCGCUGACCUUCCGCCCGAUGUUGCCCUCGGUCUCAAGUCCUCGAGAUAGGGAGAUCAAACUAGACACCCGGAGCUGGAGGCAGCAAUGCAUGUCACAGAUGCGGAAGUAUUUCAACUUGCGAGUCUUCCAAAGAAAGACGUACCGAGUUUGGGCCUUUGGCAUAGCUACUGCCAUCCUGGGAUACUUUGUCCCUUACAUGCAUCUGGUGAAGUUCGUAGAAGAGCAAUUCAAAGAAAAGGAAAGGUCCUGGAUUGUGCUUGUUUGCAUAGGAGCAACGUCAGGAAUUGGACGGCUGGCCUCCGGACCCAUCGGUGAUCUCAUCCCUGGAUUAAAGAAAAUAUAUUUGCAGGUUGCAUCCUUCAUCAUCUUGGGCAUCAUGUGCAUGAUGUUGCUACAGUGCCAAGCAUUUUGGGGGGUGAUUGUCGUCUGCCUCUUCCUUGGACUCUGUGAUGGACUCUUCAUCACCAUUAUGGCCCCCAUUGCCUUUGAGCUGGUUGGGCCCAUGGAGGCUUCUCAAGCCAUUGGCUAUCUCCUGGGACUCAUGGCCAUCCCCAUGUCAGCUGGCCCACCAAUUGCAGGAUUCCUUCAUGACCAUUUUGGAAAUUACCAGCUUGCCUUCUACUUUGCUGGAGUUCCUCCAAUAAUUGGAGGUCUCAUUCUUGCGUUCGUUCCCUUCAUCCAUCAAUCUCAGCUCAAGAAGAAGCGACUGGAUUCGGGGAAAGACAAGAUGUUGGGUUCAGAGAUGGUCCCAAAUGGAGAACUCCUCCCAGGUGCUCCAACCACAGAGGGAGCUACAUUGUAAACUCUGGCUUGGUUACCCAUCCUGCCACCAGCAGCGUUUUCUGAGCCGAUCUUGUGAAAGAAGAACCUCUUGUGUGAUAAGAGAAAAUCACUCUGUUGGUCGGCCCUGAUCACAUUCUUGGCUUUCAAAUUGAAUUUCAGUUUCUUUUAACUCUUUCUUUCUUUUUCUUUCCUACCGAACAUUCUCAUUGUUCCCACAUUUAUGUCCCAGCUGUGAUUUUUUUUCCAGUUAGCACAUUAGUGGAUUAUGCAUAGAUGACGGUUAUGACACUUUAAUAGAUUGUGUUGGACCAUUUCCUUCCCCCCCCUCCAAAUAGAUUCUGUAGCCAUUCUUAGUUAUUUUGCUGACAGUAAGCUUAAAUUCACUGGAAACUCCCUCCGGAGCACCUUGUGAAGCUGCCAAAUUCUCAGAAGUAAAUUAAUAGAUAUUGACGGAGACAGAAGGACAAGAGCUGGAUGGGGGGGAUUCUGAAUCCUUUUCCGAGAAGUUUUCUUUUCAACCAGCAAGUUCAGCCCUUUUCUCCUGUCUCCCUAAAAGCUGUCCCUGAAGAAGUAAUUAGGCUUUUCCCCCCUUCCAGUUCCUUUGGGUUGUGAAUUCUUUGUUUGAUUUCUUUUACAUAUUAAAUGAAUCUCAAAAGUAAGAAUAAUUCCUCAUUUAUGGAUACAGUUGAGGGAUACAUUGAUGCUCUUUUGGAGACCCGAAAGAUGGAUCUCAGAUUCUCUUACUUGAGGGUGGACGGGGGGAGUGGGGGUGCCAUUGUAGGGCUUGCUUGAUCCUCCACUGCAAUUGUUUCAAGAAAGACAGCUGGAAGGGGAGGGGGAACCAGUGGAUAUUUAUACCAAAAGCUGCAGGUGAGGAAACUGAGGCUCUAACCUUGUGACAGAGGAAGGAGCACACGGAAGUGUGCAAGUCCCUCACUUCCAUUUCUCUUCCUUAAGGGCCUGAA